GUGAAGAGAGUGGAUAACGAAACAGCUGGUCCGUCUUCUCCUCCAAAUACUCCUCCCCAUUAAACAAACAAUUACCGUAAACCGAUAAUGAUCUCGAGGACCGAUAUGGAAAUAAUAUUUCGGUUUGCGGAUUUCUGUAACUUCAUUGUUUUAGCCUGGGGAGAGAAAACGAGGGGGAUUCAAAUUUGUGAGGAUGGCGGACGCUUCAAAACGGUAGCUUGAGGUUGGAGGCCUUUGUAUUGGAGUGAUAAAGGUUUCUGUAUUGGAAUGUGGAAUGCAUGAUCUGGGGUUUAAGCGGUUGAUUCUGGCGAUGCGCUAGAUCGCAUGGCGGGUUCCAAAGAGAAGUCGAGCUGGGAGAGGUCCUCCACGUCGACGACCCUGGGACGUUGGACUCAUCAUCGCAGCCCCAAUUGACGGAUUGGGAUUUAUCAGGGGCAGAACUUCUAUGGACGAUGAGGGGGAUGAUGAUGAUUGUCUCAAGUUCUAUUCGGAAGAAAUAGAUUUUGAUGGUGAUCAGAAUACUGGCGAGGUCAGUCUGAGGGAGUGGCUGGAUCAGCCCAAGCGACAGGUAGACUCGGUAGAGUGCCUCCAUAUAUUCCGGCAGGUGGUCGAAACGGUGAACCUUGCACAUUCUCAGAGAGUUGUGGUGAAUAACAUCAGACCGUCAUGUUUUGUGAUGUCAACUUUUAACUGUGUUUCCUUCAUUGAAUCUGCUUCUUGCUCGAGCUCGGCUUCAGGGACUUCCUCUGGAGAAGAAGAUGUCCGCAGAGAUGGUGCUGUUAGUGAUCAGCAGGCGGCAACUACCACAUAUUUGUCCUCUACCACAUAUUUGUCUUCGACGGAGGAGUUGGAGGAAAAGAGGGAAUUGGAUGUGGCCAUUGACGUAGAGGGGAGAAGGGAUUUCCCUCUCAAAAAGAUAUUGAGUAUGGAGUUUAAUUGGUACAGAAGCCCUGAAGAAGCUGAAGGAGGGAAAAGUACAUUUGCCUCGGAUAUAUAUAAAUUAGGAGUUCUUCUUUUCGAGUUAUUUUGCACGUUUGACACUUCAGCAGAGAAGGUUGGUAUAAUGUCGAACUUGAGGCACCGGUUGCUUCCACCACAAAUGCUCUUUAAAUGGGCAAAGGAGGCUUCAUUUUGCCUACGUCUAUUGCACCCGCAGCCAAGUAGUCGUCCUGCGAUUAGCGAAUUGUUACAAAUCGAAUUCCUAAAUGAAAGAAAGGGCAGUUUAGGAGAGCGUGAAGCGGCUAUUAAGUUGACAGAAGACAUUGAAGAACAAGAGUUACUUCUGGAUUUCCUUCAGCUCCUGCAAAGAAGAAAACUAGAAUCUGCUGAUAAUUUACAUGAUACUAUUGGUAUGCUCAGCGUUGAUAUAGAAGAAGUUGAUAAUCAGAUGUCAACCAUGAUGAAGAACGGAUGCUCGUUUUUAGGACUAGAGAAAGAUCAUGAACCAGUUCAUAAAAUUGAGUGUCCAAUCCUCCAUUUUGAAAUGAAUGAAGAAUCAUCUUCUUCAGGUUCUAGGAAGCGCAUUAGACUGGGACCUUUGGAUUGUGCUGAUGAGAAUAAGGAGAUGCGUUUUGAUGGUCCUACGUCAGAGGCUAAACAUGAUAUCCAGGAGAAGAUUCGUUCAAAAAGUUCUCGAAUCAUGAAGAACUUAAAAAAAUUUGAGGUAUCUUAUCUUUCAUCAAGAUGCAUGUCCAUUAAGCCCACAGGCAAAUUUACUAGUAGAAAAUUACUAGCAAUUAAUCUUAGCAGCGGGUCAACUAUCAAAACUGAGGGCAGUUCAGUUGAUUACUUGGCUUCUAAGGAAGGCAAUUGUGGAAGAAGAAUGGGUGAAUGGGUUAAUCCCUUUUUUGAAGAUUUGUGCAAGUACUUAUCUUUCAGCAAAUUCAAAGUACAUGCAGAACUAAAACAAAGAGAACUUAUAAACUCCUCUAGUUUGAUUUGCUCCUUGGCAUUUGAUCGGGACAAGGAAUUUUUUGCAACUGCCGGGUUAAAUAGGAAAAUAAAAGUUUUUGAAUUCGAUGCAGUUAUAAACCAAGACCCUGAUGUUCAUUAUCCAGUGAUUGAGAUGACGAGUAAGUCAAAACUUAGCAACAUUUGCUGGAAUGGCUACAUAAAGAACCAAAUUGCUUCAAGCGAUUUUGAAGGGGUUGUGCAGGUAUGGGAUGUCACUAGCUGUAAAGUCUUCCUUGAAAUGAGGGAGCAUGAGAAGCGAGUGUGGUCCGUUAACUAUUCACCAGUAGACCCAACUAAGUUAGCUAGUGGAAGUGAUGAUGGAACUGUGAAGCUCUGGAAGAUCAAUCAGGGAAGAAGCACUGGAACCAUCAGAACAAAGGCAAACGUAUGUUCAGUUGAGUUUCCACCUGAUUCUUCUGCUGCUCUUGCUAUAGGUUCAGCAGAUCAUAAUGUCUACUAUUAUGAUCUUCGUAAUAUAAGUCUUCCAUUGCGUACAUUUGUUGGCCAUGCAAAGACUGUGAGCUAUGUUAAGUUUGUGGAUUCAUCAACCCUUGUAUCUUCAUCAACGGACAACUCAUUGAAGCUUUGGGACCUGUCUGUGAGUACGUCAAGAGUCGUUGACAAUCCCAUUCAGACAUUCACAGGGCAUACAAAUAUUAAGGUGCAGUCGCUUUGUUAAUUCUCGAUCUAAGUAUAAUGCAUUUUUGCAUACAUAUCUGUUGGAGUAGAUCUACAUAGUUGUGUUUCUGAUGAAAAAUGUGACCUAAUGACAUACCUUGCAAAUAAACUGCCUUUUAAAA